CCCGCCGCAGCGCGGCGGGACGGGCUGAGCAGCCUCCCGGGGCGCGGGCAGGCGCUGCCGCUCGGGGGCUGCCCCGCUGCCUCCUCGGCCCGCCAGGAAAACAGCGCAUCAGCGCUGGCUGGGCUGAAGCCCGUCACGCUCGGUGACCGCCUGUGCUCGGCAGCCCGGCUGACCCCGUCGCUUGCCCGCCGCCCGGGCCGCUGCGGAAGCCCGGCCGUCCGCCCGGCUCUGCCCGCCCCUCGACGGGAGCCGCCGCUCCCGGGCCCGCCCGGCGUGUGCCCCGCAGCCCAGCGCGGGGAGGAGAGCCCAGCGACGUCCCGGCCCCCCGCGGCGGGCAGUCACCACCUGUACUGUUGAAGUUUAGAAGCAAUCAGCAGCCACUGAGGAAGCCAGUGUGGUGUGUUUAACCAGGGACUAUUAAUUACCAAGCCACGUGAUCUCUUGACUUGCUUGCAGGCAUUAUGCUGCUUGAAGUAUUCCUGGUUCUGGGGACAGUCAUAAUUUACUUCUUACUUUCCAAGAAGAAAGAAGAGACACUGCCCUUCAAGGAGGGAUGGUGGGGCAAGGGGCAAAAGCCUGAUACAGAAGAAGAUACAACUAUUCGGCCAUUUAAGGUGGAAACUACAGAAGAAGAUCUGAGUGACUUACUUAGGAGACUUGACCAGGCUCGAUUCACUGAGCCACUGGAGGACAGUUGCUUUCAUUAUGGGAUUAACUCGGUAUACCUCAGGAAGGUUGUCUCCUACUGGAAAAAACAGUUCAGUUGGAAGAAACAAGUUGAAGUCCUCAACAAGUACCCACAAUUCAAAACUAAGAUUCAAGGCAUUGAUAUCCAUUUUGUUCAUGUAAAACCUCGUCAUUUGCCUGAAGGCCAGUCUGCAAAGCCCUUAUUAAUGGUUCAUGGUUGGCCUGGCUCAUUUUAUGAGUUUUACAAAAUCAUCCCUCUCCUGACGGAUCCUGCCAGCCAUGGUCUGAGUGAUGAACACGUUUUUGAAGUAAUUUGUCCAUCUAUUCCUGGUUAUGGUUUCUCAGAAGCACCCCACAAAAAAGACUUUAAUUCUGUAAGUGCUGCUUCUAUUUUUUAUGAAUUGAUGCUCAGACUGGGAUUCAGUGAAUUCUACGCACAAGGUGGUGACUGGGGCUGGCUCAUCUGCACCAAUCUGGCCCAGAUAGCUCCCAACCAUAUGAAAGGUCUCCAUUUAAAUCUAGCUUCAGUUACGAACCUGGGAUUCACUCACCUGCUCUCCAUUCUGCUGGGCCGCUAUUUUCCAAGGCUCUUCGGUUUUCAGGAGGAAGACGUGAGGCGGAUGUUUCCCUUUUUGAAAAAAGGGCUCUACAGGAUCUUGCUGGAGUCUGGCUACGCUCACAUACAGGCUACAAAGCCUGAUACUGUUGGCUGUGGUUUGAAUGACUCUCCUGUAGGACUGGCUGCGUACAUCUUGGAGAAGUUUUCCACAUGGACUGAUCUAGAAUUCCGUAAUUUAGAGGAUGGAGGACUAGAGAGGAAGUUUAACCUGGAUGACCUGCUCACCAAUAUCAUGAUCUACUGGAUGUCAGGCUGUAUAGUCUCCUCAAUGCGUUUCUACAAAGAAAAUAUGCAGAAGGGGAUAGGCACACAGAAACAUGAAAAGCUCACCGUACAAGUACCUACUGGUAUUGCCUCCUUCCCUAAUGAAGUCAUGCACACACCCCAGGCUUGGGCCAGGAAGAAAUACACCAACAUAGUCUCCUUCCAUUUCAUGCCUCGAGGUGGCCACUUUGCAGCUUUGGAGGAACCUGAACUUCUUGCUGACGAUAUUCUGCAAUUUGUUGGGAAAGUAGAGAAAGAGCAACUGUGGAGAAAGAAAGAGUAAUGCCCCUAAUGAACAGCAGGGCAAUUGCAUAUAGUUUAGCACAUGUACAGGCCUUACUAAGUCUACUGUAAUCCAUGUAAUUGAUCAUAAUCUUGACCAGAUGUGAGAGAGGACAGCAAGACAAAUGCAGUAUCUCUCACUGAGAUACUGCCGUGGGGACCCGCUGAUUUUGAGGCGUUUGGGGUUUUUUAGUUUGUUGUUGGGUUUUUGUUGGUUGGUUGGUUUUGUUUGUGUUUUUUAAUUAUUAUUUUGUGUGUGUUUUGGUUUUUUGAGGGUUUUUUUUGGUUCAGUUGGGCUAAGAAGGUAGUAUGAGCAUUACUUGGUUAUUUUCUCCCAGAAACACAGACUUCUAAUAUCUGUUCUGUAGUAUUACUGACUCUUGCUUUGAAAUUGAAAAAUAGAUAACUAGUAACAGUUCAAUUGUUAGGAAAGGCUUUUUUUUUUCCACAGCAGCAGUAGUAAAACUUGAGUUGGUGUAGGUGUGAGUUUCCUCACAUUAAAAAUGAGCAACAGCAUAGCAAGAGCUGACUUGCAUGAGUGCAUCAGUUAAUCAGCACUGAUGAUCUACAGUACCUUUAAACUAGCCACUUGGCUACUGCUGGCUGCCUCCCUCUUCCAGUCUGGGCUGUUAAGCAGCUUCCUGGCUGUGAGAAAGCUCAGCUUCCCUGCACCAGGCUCCUGGGACAGCAGCAUGAAACAGCCAGGUGCCUGGAGCUCAGACCAGAAUGAGGGGUUGCAUCAGAGUUAUUCUAGCUCAAGCUACCUCUGCACUGAAUUUGUACUUGUAACUGAAGCCAUAGUCCUGGACAGGCUCAAGGGACUGGGGGGUUUCACUGCUUCUGCAGAGUAUUGUAAAUACUUCUUAUUAAAGAACAAAAAAUGUAUUAAUUCAAAAUAAAAAGAAACUUGCAUUAAAA